AUGGCCUACGUAAAUCGCUUCAUUCAAAGGAAGAAGCGUCAACGCGAGGUCGUCAUUUCGGCUAACGAACUGAAGUUGUCGUUUCUUAGGAUGGUCAAAAUAUUUCAAAAGGCGGAAUUCAGUUCAGAAUACGCCAAGUUGGAGAAGUCCACAUCUACAUCUACUAAGCCCACAUCUACAACGUUUAAGUCCUUUUAUACAUACCAGCGAUUUAGAAGGUGUGACGUUCAACUUAAUCCGAGUUGGGGGAGAUUGCUAAAUGCACCAAUUCCGUAUGAUGCCAAGUUUCCACUAUUACUGUCCUCAAAGUCAGAAUUUGUUUCGCUAUUUCUUCGCAACCUGCAUCGGACUCAUUACCAUGCUGGUGUCAAGGUGAUGGUUUCACUUUUGAGGCAACAGAUAUGGCUGAUCAAUGCGCGAGAAGCAUGUACGAAAAUUGUCCGUAGCUGCGUUCACUGUUUCCGGUAUAAACCAGUGCUGAUGAGCCAGAUAAUGGGCAAUUUGCCAGCCGAUAGGGUCCGAAUAGAGCGCCCCUUUCUAGUUUGCGGAGUAGAUUUUUGUGGUCCAUUUUAUGUGUCCUUAAAGGUCCGCGGUAGACCUCCUAUUAAAACUUAUGUGGCCGUUUUUGUGUGCUUUUCGUCAAAGGCUGUUCACCUUGAACUUGUCGUCGACCUAUCCACUGACAGCUUCUUAUCCGUCUUUAAAAGGUUCGUUGGGAGGAGAGGGCUGCCGGAGAAAGUGUACAGCGACAACGCCACGAAUUUCGUAGGAGCGUGCAACGUGCUGAAGGAGCUGAGCGAAGCAUUUCACCGCAGUCGGGACGAGCUGAGCGGAUACGCGGCUCAGAGAGGCGUCGAGUGGUGUUUAAUACCGCCGAGGUCACCACACUUCGGAGGACUUUGGGAAGCAGCCGUCAAGUCCGCCAAAACACGGUUGCUGCGAGGAGUCGGCAACGCCAAGCUCACAACGGACGAGUUGAGCACCCACCUGGUCGAGGUAGAGGCGCUGCUCAAUUCGCGUCCAACCGCGUCGCCGGGCAACGAUCCCAACGAUGGAAAGGCCCUAACACCAUGA